ACUGGUAAGUGACUAACACUUUUACACACUGAACUGGUCCUGAGAACUGAGAUGUCUUCUUUGUAAGUGAAGAAUACCCAACAUAAUCUCAAAGAACUGCACAGUGAUGCGAGCCAGAGGCAUACUUUGUGUGUAAUGGACUGAGAAACAGACAAUCUUAUUGAAGGGAUUUUUCAUCUUUUGUUUCUAUUUGCCAGUGUUAGUGUUUUGCUGGCUUCAAUUGUUACCUUUUUCUGGUUCCUUCUUUUGUUUUAUUCAAAUGGGUCCCAGAAAUCCCUCUCCUGACCCUUUAUCAGAAUCAGAAAGUGAGGAAGAAGAAAGCGCUAACUACCUAAAUGAGAGUUCUGGGGAAGAGUGGGAUUCCUCUGAAGAAGAGGACCCUGUGGUGCCCAACCUAACACCUCUUGAGAGUCUCGCUUGGCAGGUAAAGUGCCUUUUAAAAUAUUCAACAACUUGGAAACCUUUAAAUCCUAAUUCCUGGUUAUAUCAUGCUAAACUCUUGGAUCCAAGCACGCCAGUCCACAUACUUCGAGAGAUAGGUCUAAGACUCUCCCAUUGCUCCCACUGUGUUCCCAAACUGGAACCAAUUCCUGAAUGGCCACCUCUGGCUUCUUGUGGAGUCCCACCUUUUCAAAAGCCCCUUACAAGUCCCAGCCGGCUUUCUAGAGAUCACGCCACUCUAAAUGGAGCACUGCAAUUUGCCACCAAGCAGUUAAGUCGAACCUUGAGUAGAGCCACUCCCAUACCGGAAUACCUAAAACAAAUUCCUAAUUCAUGUGUUUCUGGUUGUUGCUGUGGCUGGUUAACUAAAACAGUUAAGGAAACAACCCGCACUGAGCCCAUCAACACUACUUAUUCUUACACUGACUUCCAAAAGGCAGUUAACAAACUCCUAACUGCAUCACUAUAGAGAUCCACCAUUUGUUCUGCUGCCUCUCGUGUUACACAGCCCAGAGCUGAGAAACGAAUGCCUUCUCAACCAGACUUUGCCCUAUCCUGACAAGCCAAAGGGCUACCAAGUACUGAUUAUAUACCUGAGGGUCCCCUCACUCAGCUACAGGAAAUGUGCAUUGUGAGCGUUCCCUUUGAUAGACCCUGUGGAUAAAAUGAGAACUUCAAUGGAGAAUUAGUCAAGAGGGACCAUAUUGCAGCAGAUAAGUUAACUAUUCUCCACACUCAGUUAUCCCCCCAAUUUAUUCCGCAUAUCUGAAUGGACUCUAACUAGAUAACUAAUUGUUAAUGGGAAGGAAAAGAUAGGCUACUACCCUUUUGUUACCCAACCUUAAGAACAGCUAUUGUGAAAAGUAGGAGGUUAGCUACUCCCAGUAACACUUUGCUGAGCAUAUUCUUCUCUGACAUUAAUUUCUAGGGAGGUAGUUGAAUUAAAUUAAAUAACUGGACAAAAGAAAACAGUGGGUCUGAUUUAUCUCCCAGCUUUUAUAUAGAUAAGCCUACCUGCAGGGGUUCCUACUUUAGGGAGAGGAAGUGCAAUUUCAAACCUCACCUACACUACUCCAGACCUAUUAUAGUACUUGCAAUUACAGCAUAAACAUUUUCUAUCAUAGGCUCCCCCCAGGCUGUCUCUGGCUAAAUUGGCCUAUAAGGUCAUACCUGGGGAUUAAACAGACACCUGUUCUAGAGGGAAUAUGUUUCCAGCAUCUUGACACCCAGACUUUAGUCAAGAGGAAACAAAACAUUCCGAAAGACCAAAGGGAAAGCAUUAAGAGAGCAUUUAUGUUUUUAGGGCUAACUGCUAGUGGAUUAUUUCAUCUGUGUGUUUCCUGGAGCAGUACAUUAUGCACUUUCCACACCCACUGCACACUUUCCAGGAACACUUCUGACAUUAAAGAAUCUUACUACUGAAAAUCUCAGCCUAAUGUAACCUGAAGUCGAAGACUUUUUUAGCAUCGUUUUUCUACAUAGAUUAGCAUUAGAUGUAGCCGAACAAGGAAGAGUAUGUACCCUUGUAAAUGAGUCUUGCUGUGUUUAUUUAGAUGUCAAAACAUAGUAAUAGAUAUACAUAAAAUGCAUGAGACCGUUAAAUCUUUUCACACAACCUGCAAAAAAGAGUGAAACCUGUGAAUGAUCCUGAUUGACUGGGCAGCUAAAGGAUUCAGUAAUUAGAUUGUUAAAGAUAUAUAUCUUCUUCCUUAUUUUAGUUUUACUGCUUCUUAUUCUCCAUAAUUAAGUGUUGUAUACAAUAUGGCAUCAAAAGAUCGAAGCAUUAAUGGAAUCACAAAUCCUAUAAAUGUAUAGCAAUUUUAAGGAGAGAAGAAUGUUUAUAACCUAAUGAGUAUUUCUGCUGAGCUUUAGUUGUCUUAAAGAAAAAGGAGGGAAUUGUAGGUAGAAGAAAUAUUUAUUCAUGGAAAAUUACUGAACUGAAACCAUAUCAUACUGUUCGUGUAACUGAAUGUAUCAGAGAAUGUUCCUCUGUAGAUGUUCUGUGAAACCGGUUUUUAAAAUGUUACAACCACCUGUUUUUGUUUUUGUUUUUUUAAGGGGGAGGUGGGAAGAGAUAGGGAGUUCUGAAAAUUAAAAUAUGUUGAUGUUUAUGUAACCAUAUGUUCCUUUUUCUGUGUGUGCGCGUGUGUGAGAGAGAGAGAGAGAGAGAGAGAGAGUGUGAGAAAAGUGCCUUGCUCAUAAACACAUUUCUGCUAUUCACUCCUAAAGGAAGCCUUUCCCCAGCUUUGCAGCUGAAUAAACCAAGAGCUUUAUACAUGCUGAA